AUGGUUUGAAAUUUUAUCGUCCAUGUCAAGUCUUGACAUAUCUUUCGAAACCUUUUUAUUCAUGUCGGUUUUAUUUUUAUUUUUUUUUCUUUUUUUCAUACCGUCACUAAAUGGAAAUAUACGAAUCAGCAAAGACUAUAAUUGCACAGAUACCUCAGAAAACGCAAACUGUGAACAGUAUUACGUACCAUUAAAAAAAUGCAACUUCAUAAUAAAACCGAAGAAAGUAAUUAACAUUUAUGAAGAAUCUUUAAGAAAUUACGUCGAAUUGAAUCCAUUAGCUUCAGCAUGUUUGAAAUGUGCCACUUGUAUAGCAGUAGCUUCCGAGGUACAUGCAAUUUUUUCGGAAUCGGUUGAAGGAUGUAAGAAAAAAUUUGAAAUCGAAAAUGUUAUAACAAAGAAACUAUCUAAUUUAUGUCUUGCAGGAUAUCGGAAUUACGAUUUGAGAAAGUACAAGUCCUUAUAUACCUUGACAGAUAAACACAAGAAGACAACUCACGUUAACACAGCAAUGAAUGGAAAAUGGCCAAAAAAAUUAAGAGAGAUUUCAUGCCUCUUUAAAGAUCAUAUGGAGGUGGGAAAGCUAUACAAGAAUUACCUUGAUGGACCAUUUAAUAUGACAGAUUAUCUAUGCAGAAAUGGUGGCGUUUUUCGUGAUUGCCUAAAUGUCGGUUUCAAAGAAGUAAUACUCCCUAAUGAAGAACAAGGAAUUCUCUCUUACAUUUUCAACUGUUUCUGACAAAGAAAAAAUUAGUAUAUUUGAAAUUUUAUUAUACAUCUGUACAAAUAAAUAUAUAACGAAAUAAAAAUUCUCAAGAAAAAUAAGUAAAAAAAAAAAUAUAUAAUUAUGUUUGGUGGCACAAGAUAGCAUAAUAACAACAUAAAAACAAAA